AUGCCACCGAACCAUAUCCCCAUCCUCCCCGCCGCUCGUCACGCACCUGCGCAGCCUGUACCCACUGCAUUGCCCGUGCCCUCCUCCUCGCCUAUACCAUCAUCUACGCCAUCGUCCUCCCUGCCUCCUCGGCGCUCUGCCGUACUGGCAGCUUGUGAGGCCUGCCGCCUCAAGAAAGUCAAGUGUGACGGUCGUCGUCCGCAAUGCAGUCGCUGCGAGCGCCUUUCGCCCGGUGGAGCAUGCGAAUACCGCGCAAAUGAGGGCGAGACCCGCGCCGUCGCCCUCAAGAGGCGCGGCAAGACCGCAGAGGACGAGCUGGCCCAGAUGUACGAGCUCUACGACUUCAUCCACAACAGAUCAGAGGCCGACGCAUGGGAGGUUUUCAAGCGCAUGAGGCUUUCCAAGGACCCCCUCGCCGUCUUGCAAUCCGUCAGGGAUGCCGAUAUUGUCCUGCCGAGCCCCUCUCUCUUCGCCGCCACCAGUGACUUGAACGACCCCAGGAUACGCAAGCUCGACGACGACGCCCGGAACAGCAGCCUUGUCAGUGUCCCUGCCCGGCCUUGGACGACCGUUGCCGGCGAUGGCAUAGUCUCUGAGCUUGUCGGUGGCCUUCUCUCGUGGGAUGCAUAUAUGUUUUCCUGUAUUCAUCCCGGCGCCUUCUUGGCUGAGAUGCGGCGCAUGGAUCCCAACACUGCACAGUAUUGCUCUCCAUUCCUCGUCAACGCCAUAUGUGCCUUCAGAGCGUUUAUAUCUAGAAGUGCACGUCACAUGGGGUCCACCUUACGGUGCAACAUGUCGGAGCGUUUCGUUGAUGAAGCAAAGAAGCUGUUUGAGCUCGAAUGUGGGCGCACCAGCCUACCCACCGUUCUUGGCCUCUAUGUUCUCUUCUUUGUAUCAGCCAUGAUGGGAAAAGACCGGGCCGGCUUGAUGUAUCGAUACAUGGCGCAACAUAUGCUGAAGCAGUUGCGCCUGGACAGGCGAUUUGAUAGGUUAGACGAGAUGCAACCAGAGCAAGCUCUAGAGAGGGAAGUAAUUUCAAGAUCAUUGUGGGGCCUGUUCAUACUCGAGAGCAUCAUCAGCUUUGUCUAUCUGCAACCAUCGCUGCUGGCCCCUCCCACUGUGCCGCGGCUGUUUCCGAGUAUCAGCACAAUGCACAGUCAAGGUGAGAAUUUCAACAAUGUCGACCUCCAGGGUGUGGCCUUUAACUUGCUGGACUCGCCCCCACCACCAUUGGUACCUGCUUCUCUUGAUGCACAAUGCCAUCUCUCGGAGAUGCUCCACGAAAUCAUGGAAUACAACCAAAAGGCUCUGGCUGGGAACGAAAUUGGCAGCCCAGAAGAUGUACGGCAUCGCAGGGCUAGCUACGUCAGACUCAUUACUUGGAAGGAGUCUUUGCCCCCUGCCCUUCGAGUUGAGAAUCGGUCACCGCAGACUUCUUACAUUAGGCUUUUCAUCAACGAAGUGGCGUACGGAAUAGUACGCCCGCUUCCUCAAAAGACCCGCUUUGGCGACCGCGGUAGCGUCACAGACUUGCUUCUCCAACACUGUAAGAAUGAUGUCGAAAUGUCAGAAACUUACGCCAGGUUCUGGUCACCUGAGCUCUCGAGUUACUUUUCCAAUGGGCUCUACAACACCAUCAUCACCUUGGCGUCACUGCUCCACGAGCCGCGAUCGCACGAUCUCUUCGCGCGCGCCUGUGGAAUGGAGCGAAGCACCGCGCACUAUUUUCCUCUUGUCAGGUUUAUUCUGAAGGGCACUCACACACUUGUGAUGAGCUUGGGUCAAGAGAUCCCACCUGCGGCUAGGUGGUGUUUUGAAAACCUUGAAUUCAAUGGGGAUGACCUAAAAGACGUCCCUGUCUCGUACGCCCUGCCAUUGCACGAAGAGAUGCGGAAAUCUCUUUUGACAAACGGCGAAGGAGCCGAUGCCGAUGAAGAUCAUGAGAUAGCGCUACAGAUGGGAGCGUUGAUUUCGAAAUGGAACGGCCUAUCCAUGUCGUCCUAA